UGUAGAAGAUUAUAUAAAUUCUGAUAACAAGCUUAUUACCACUGAAAUAUCAGAUAAUAGUAAGAUAAUCGAAGCUGUAAAAAACUAUGAAUGUAUUAAACUAGAGGAGAAAGCUUCAAAUAAGUCAAUAUUUUUUGCACAAGCUUUAGAAUUUAUUGAUGGAAUCUUAUUGUUUUUUGAACAGCAACUAGAUGGCAUCUUCAAAAUUGAUAAUACACUUAUUUGCAAUUUAGAAAAAUUAAAAUAA